AUGAGGAAUGGUGGCGACGACGACGAUGACGUGUCGUUCAACGAUCCAGAAUCGCCUUCCCCUCCCGCUCCUCCUCCUCUGAGACGUAGCCCGAGAGUUGCAGCUCGUGCCCGCAGGGGCAACCAAGGCCAACCCAUCGGGCAAAUCGAGACCGGGCAGUCUUCUAGCAAUCCUUUUGGCACUGCUACUCCCUCUGGCAACAAACGCGGGCGAGGACCUAGUCCAAGUCCAUCCCCACCGCCGUCGAAGAAGCCCAAGUCGGGAGGGCCAGGGGGAUCAGUACCAGGAGGGCCAGGGGGACCAGGAGGACCAGGACCGGCAGGAUCAGGUCCAGGGGGUCCAGGGGGAUCAGGAGGAUCAGGUCCAGGAGGACCAGGAGGGCCAGGACAAAAUGUUAACACGGAUGCCCUAAGGUGGGCACGGCACGUCCUACAAAGACCGCUUCCCGUCAGCCGUCCUCAAGCGUACCCUGCACAACCAGUGGUGUCAAAUCCUCCAACGAACCUUAUGCGGCGCACCCAUCGCAUUCAGGCCCUCAGAAAUCAAAUCAGAUUCCCACAUGGACAAAACGAGGAAACUCUCACACAACUUCUGACCUGGGCAAACUGGGAUGUCAACCGCGCAGCCACGCUCUUCUGGGAGAGUGAGAUUCUCGAGCGGGCGCAUCGGCCCACAGGCCGCCUUAUGCCUUCGUGGAACCGACGCGCCGUCAACGUCGAGCAGACCAGGUUGAACCUACUCCACGACAUACAAGACGGCAUAAGAAAUCGCCAAGUUCAAGUACCAGAGUACCUCACGACGAAUGCGAUCAUGGCGAUGGUUCUUCAGCGGAACAAUUGGGAUCUGCACGAUGCUUCGACCAACAUUGCAGCGCGAAGAGGGAGAGCACAAGCCUCUGGGGUGGGAGUGUUCGACGACAUCGUCGACGGACUGACUAGUAUGAGAACCCCGCCUGAAGGUGUGCCAGCGCAGGACCGACGCCUGGCUGAAUUCGUCACACUCACUUCCACCAACAGCGUGGACGCUGCACGACGGGUCCUCGUGAGACAUGACUGGGACCUGGCACUCGCGAUUGACGAGUGGGUCUUGCGUGGUGGCAUCCCGGUUCAAAACAGUGAUGGGCAAAGAAGGGAGUGGAACCCCAAUCGACCACGCACCGUCAUCAAUGCUCACUUCGAGUAUCAUGAGGACGAGGCACCGCUCCCGCGCCACCCCAACCCCUCCGUCGAGGGAGGCCAGUCAGAAGGUCUCACCAUGGAGCAACCGCGCCGCAGAAAUGAUAUUGAAGCCAUCCAUCCCCGAGACUAUGAUGCCCAGGAGAGCGGUGGCGGUAGGAGAGGCUAUGUCAUCGACGAAGACCGCCAGCCAGCAAACAGAGGCGUGCCAGACGAGUCAAGGCUGCGAAUCGAGUACAUCCGCAAUGGUGGAUACCACAUCGAGCUCUUCGGCCGCCGGGAUGACGGACGCAGUACGCGCUAUUACAACUUCACCGAAGUUGCAGACCCCCAGCGCCGCGAGUUCGACUGGGAUGACAGAGACCAUAUUUCCGACCUGAACAAGUGGCGGGCAGAGCGCUUCCGAACCAUCGCGGGCGAAAACGUCAGGGACGAGACAAUCCCCUUCAACAAGUACGAGCUCGCGUGGCUCGUCGAGCAAGAGGCAAUGAGGGUCGAAGAGAAGUUCUUUGAAGCGGCCGAACAGAAUCGCUUCGACACCCACCACACUUCCCCUGCGGCCUGGGACGCGGCCAUGCGGAAGUUCGGUGAUGGUGACACCUACCCUCUCCCAAUGUCUCAGGCUGAGAAGGAGGAUCUGGCAGAUCGCUUCAACGAGACAUUCGCGGGUAGAACCCUGUACACCAAGUGGCGAACGGUGCGGAAGCAUCUGGACGACAGCGCGGUCUGGGAGCGAGUGUAUAAGGACAUGGCAACGGUUGGGGUCGUGCCACGGCCAGAACGGUCCGUGGGAAUGCUCGAUCAGCGGCGCCGGAGGAUCCGCGCCCACUGCAAGCACUUUGGACUGCAAUUCGAGAAAGGAGACCCGGGCCAAAGUGAGUCAGACUCGGACUUCUGA